AUGGACGAAAAGAAGUGAUUGCCAGCUGAAACAUUGUGAAAGUGGAAGUUUGAGUUUGUGUAUUUAGUAAAACGUUCCAUCAGCUUUGCAGUCUGAAUAAAAUGACAUAGAUUUUUAAAACGAUGAUCCAGGCAUUGCUUCUAUUUUCAAAUAUAUUAUUGAAAGCACUGCCAUAGUACUAAUCAAAAUAAGAAAUGUCUUAUCCUGGCCAACCUCCAAUGGGAAUACCAGGCAUGCCACCUAUGCCUUAUAUGGUUGGUGCACCUCCGCCAAUCAUAGGUGGUGUAAUGCCUAUGGCACAUAUGAUUCCAACACCCGUAUCUGCGAUGCAGACCUCAGCUCCAGCUGUUCGGUAUGCACGUAACCAGAAUCGUCACGAUAAUAGUCGUCGACGCGAGAGGGAGUCUGGUCCACCAGUUACUGUGUUUAUUGGUAACAUUAUGGACAGAGCACCUGAUGUGAUGAUUCGACAUAUUCUGGGUGCAUGUGGCCAUGUCCUUUCAUGGAAGAGAGUCCAAGCAUUUGGAUUUUGUGAAUACGCAGGCCCUGAUGCAGGUCUUAGAGCAGUUAGAUUACUUCAUGACAUGGAAAUAGGCACAAAGAAACUUGUUGUGAAGGUUGAUGCAAAAGCUAAAGUUGUCUUGGAUCAAUUUAAAGCGGAAAGAAGGAAAAAAUUGAGAGGGGGACAGUCACCAUUGCAAGAUGAAACGUCUACCGAAGGAGCUGAAGGAGAAGAAGGCGAAGAUUACAUGGAUGAAGGUAUGAGAGUAGUGGACGCAGAUGCAUUGGCCCGCAUAAAUCAAAUCAUAGCCGAGCAUGCUGCUGAUUUGGAAAUGGCUCAAGUUGCUCCUGAGGAACAUCAAACAAAAAUGGUUGCGAAAUCCUUGAACUUAGACGACGCGGAAAUAGAAGAAAGUAAAAGAGACUUGAUUACACGAGAAAUUGGCAAAUUCAGGGAGGUCAUGAAGAAGCAGGAGGAGGAGAAGGCCCAAGUGAAACGGAAGAAAGAAGCAGUGGAGAAAGAGGAACGGGAGAAGCGUGAAAAGGAGCGGCGAGACAGGCGGGACGGAAGCAAUACUAAAGACGACCAAGAUGGUGAUCCCGGUAGUCCAACGUCUCACAAGGGUCGUAGUAGUAGUACAGGAAGUAGUAGAAGGGAUAAAAGACGAUCGAAGUCCAGGUCCAAAGAACGAGACAGGGAUCGUCAAAGAAACGACAGAGAUCGUGAUCGAGACAGAGAUCGGGACCGAGAUCGAGAAAGGGAACGCGAAAGAGAUCGUGAUCGUGAAAGGGAGCGUGAACGUGAACGCGAGAGAGACAGAGAACGGGAAAGAGAAAGAGAACGGGAACGAGACAGGGAACGUGAAAGAGAACGUGAAAGGGAAGAGGCAAGGAAAACCGAAAGAGAAAUUAUGCGUGAAAGGGAGGAGGAGGAAGAAGCCAAAGAAAGGAAGAAAAAUGAUAGAAGAGCACGGGAGAAGGAGGCAGCCUAUCAAGAACGUUUGAGAGCAUGGGAGACACGAGAACGCCGUAAACAAAAGGAAUAUGAAAAGGAAGCGGAAAAACGUCGAGCGAAACGAGAAGCACGGGAGAGGGAGGCGAAACGGUUGAAAGAAUUCCUUGAGGAUUACGACGACGAUAGGGACGACGCUAAAUACUACAAAGGCAAAGAGCUGUCGCGUCGUUUGGAAGAAAGAGCCCUUGAAGCGGAAGCCGAUUCGCGGGAUCGUUGUGCUGAGCGUCAGGAGCUUCAACGUCUACGCGAUAAACUUUAUGCCGAUGCUUCUCAUCCGGAUCCAGCGGCAGAAUUUGAAAGGUUAAAAGCUGAAAGGGAGGAACAGUACAAGCCUAAACCAGUAAUUACAAUAAUUGACGAAGAAGACGAGAAAGUAGUGAAAAAGGAAAAGGAAGUUAUGCCACCCAUAGAAACUGAGCCUAUAGAGAGUGACAGUGACGAGUGUGUGCAAUUUGAUGAUGCAUCCCAGUCGGAAGCACCAUCGAGAACACCACCGCGACAUCAUCAUCAUCAUCGAAGGCAUCAUCGUCAUCAUCAGAAUCAUCAUCACGAGGGCGAAGAAAAUGAAGAAGUUGUAGAGACGGAUAGAGAUAGCGUAAAGGGCACAAGAUCGUCACCUUCUCAUCAAGCAGCAACACCAUCAACUCAGUCCAUUCCACCUACGAUAGAUGAAGAUUCUCGUAUGUCUCUUGUUAGUGAACCAGAGAAAACGAGCAGUAGCAACUUUGUACCGUUUGCUAUGGGAAGUGGUGGUAAUCGUGGCAGUGAUCACGGUGUUGGUAACAAAACUCCAGCUAGUCCGAGCACGGUUGUCACUGCGAACUCACAACAACCGAAUCAAACAAGAAAGAAAGGUCGAAUCGACGUCAAGGACGUAUUUAAUAAUGACGACGACGACGACGGUGCUAAUAACGCGAAGAAACGGAAACUAGUUCCUUUAGAUUACGGUGAAGACAAAAAGAAAAAAUCGACCGAGGAAGCAAGUAAACCUGGAAAAGAAGAAAGUACAAAGAGUCAAGAAGAGAAAAGAAAGCACAUUAAGUCCCUUAUUGAUAAGAUUCCUACAGACAAAAACGCUUUAUUCGGAUACCAACUUGAUUGGGCCGUAAUAGAUAAUACGUUAAUGGAAAAGAGGAUAAGGCCAUGGAUUAAUAAGAAGAUUAUCGAAUAUAUUGGAGAACCUGAACCUACGCUGGUGGAUUUUAUCUGUAGUAAAGUAAUGGCCGGCAGUUCACCUCAGGGUAUACUUGACGAUGUACAGAUGGUAUUGGACGAAGAAGCAGAAGUGUUUGUAGUCAAGAUGUGGAGGUUAUUAAUUUACGAAGUGGAAGCGAAAAAAAUGGGCUUAGUUAAAUAAAUCGAACAUCAAUUGAAGUACUAAUCGAUAUAAAAAUUUAUACUACACAUGAAAUUUCUUUGGUUAAGAUGUAUUAUUUAGGUUAUAUACCAAUAUACAAUUACCUAUGUAUCAUUUGUAGGAUUCUUCGCUAGACGAAAGACACGAUGUUGCUCGAUUGAUAGGUAACCUAAACGUGUAGCAAUUAAAAUGUUAAAUAC